AUUUGGAAGUAUGUCUGCCCUCGAGAAGCGCUUGAAGGAGUUCCAGAAGAAGGCUGGAAACCGCAACUGUUUUGUUUGUAACCAGAAGGGUCCUCAGUAUUUUGUGAUGGAUUUCCUCACUCUGGUAUGCACUGGAUGCAGUGGAGUCCACCGUUCUUUCAGCCACACAAUUAAGCACUUGACCCUCGCUACUUGGACCAAGGAGGAAGUUGACCUGGUAGUUACCGGAGGAAACAAGAAAGCUGCUAAGAAGUACCUGAAGAACUGGGAUGAGAAUAAGAAUCCUCGUCCUCAGCCUAGUGAUAAGGAAGGUGUGAAGCAGUUCAUUCAGGACUGUUUCGUCGACCAGAUCUGGGCUGGAAAGGGCGGAAAGGCCAAGAAGAACGACUAUGACGAUGACUACGAGGACGACUAUGUUCCUAAGAAGGGAAAGAAGUCCAGCAAAUACGACGAUGAUGACGACGACGACUUCGCUCCUCGCAAGCCUGCCAAGAAGGCGAGCCGCUUCGAAGACGACGACGACGACGACUUUGCUCCUCGCAAGCCUGCUAAGAAGGCGAGCCGCUUUGAGGAUGACGAUGAUGAUGAUUUCGCGCCUCGCAAGCCCGCUAGGAACAUGAAGAAGCCCGCGAUGGAUCUGUCCGGCUCGGAGGAUGAGGACUUCGCGCCUCGCAAGCCUGCCAAGAAGCCUCCAAUGAAGCCUGGCCGCCGUGGACUGGAAGUGUCCGAGGAGGAGGACGACUUCGCGCCUCGCAAACCCGCUAAGAAGCCUCCAAUGAAGCCUGGUCGUCGUGGAUUGGAAGUGUCGGAGGAAGAGGAAGAGGAGGACUUCGCUCCUCGCAAGCCCGCCAAGAAGCCUCCAAUGAAGCCUGGUCGCCGACCUGUCGAAGUGUCCGAGGAGGACGACGAGGAGGACUUCGCGCCUCGUAAGCCUGCCAAGAAGGCUCCUGCCAAGCCUGCCAAGAAGGCGAGCCGCUUCGAUGAUGAGGACGAGGAGGAGGAGGACUUCGCUCCUCGCAAGCCCGCCAAGAAGGCGCCCGCCAAGCCUGGCAAACCUGCCCGCAAGCCUGUGGAGUUGACCGAGGAAGAGGAGGAGGAGGAAGAGGACUUCGCUCCUCGCAAGCCCGCCAAGAAGGCGCCCGCCAAGCCUGCGAAGAAAGCUCCCGCCGCGCCCGUUGAGCAGUACGAUGAGAGCUAUGGAUAUGAUCAGGGAUAUGGAUACGAUCAGGGCUACGGAUAUGAUCAGGGCUACGGAUAUGACCAGAGUGGAUAUGAUCAAGGAUAUGGAUAUGAUCAGGGAUAUGGCUAUGAUCAAGGCUACGGAUACGAUCAGAGUGGAUAUGAUCAGGGCUAUGGAUAUGAUCAGGGUGGUUAUGAUCAGGGCUACGGAUACGAUCAGAGCUAUGGCUAUGGAUAUUAA